AUGAUGCUGCUCGCGUGGGCAAGCACGCUCACGCUGUCUCUGUUGCCGAAUCGAACUUCGCUUGCGUACGACGAGCAGGAGAAGACCGGAAGUGGAGCACUGCGGCAAGCGUUGCCCCACGCUGUUGUCGGCUGCAGCGACCGCUGGCGGCAAGAUGGUAGGCAGCACGCUCCUGCCGCAAGCAAGAUGAACAAGCGCUUUUGCCCCCGCGACGCGAGCUUUGGCUGCGGCGAGUCUGAGGCAUGCUAUUUCGGUUCGCGAACCAUGUGA